CUUGUUGUGCUUGAUUGAAGGAACUGCUUUGGUUUAGAGUAAUCUAAAAUUACUGAGUCUUUUUGUAUAUUACAUAUAAAUAUCUUGGUUUUGUGACAUUUUCUUUUUAUUUCUGUUGAAUAGUUAAAUCUCUUUCUUCCUCUGCCCCAAUAGUUCAUCUUUCUUCAAGGGGCCAGUUAUAUUCUGUGAGAGAAAUGCUCAUUUCAACUGAAAAUGAACAGAUCUCACUGGUUUCAGUUAGUGCAAAAGAGUUCUUUCAAACAUCUCACAUGGAAUCAAACUCAGAUUCCAUUGAUGGGCUUCCCCCAGUUUCUUAUUUUUCUGAUUCACCUCCUCUUCCCACCAUCUGUACUGAUGUCAAUGUCAUCCCCGAGCACGAAAAGAAUGAGCUUCAGCAGUCCAUAUCAAAUCUUGAAGGUGAAAUCUCACAGUUGAAGCUGAGGCAGAGGUUGUGGGAUGAGAAACGGAGAGAAGCUUUGAAUAAGAUUAUAGACAUCAAAGGCAGCAUUCGAGUGUUUUGUCGGGUCCGACCAUUUAUACUGAUGGACAAGAGAAGAAUCAGAGAACCCAUUUCAGCUGGAUCGGAGAAGAUUGUGGUUAAGUCAGCUGGAACAAGAAAAGGAUUUGACUUUGAUAAGGUUUUUCCUCAAGAAACCAGCCAAGAAGAUGUAUUUGCUGAGGUGAAACCAAUUCUCAGAUCUGCACUUGAUGGGCACAAUGUAUGUAUAUUUGCUCAUGGUCAAACUGGCACUGGCAAGACAUUUACCAUGGAUGGCACAAGUGAGCAGCCAGGAAUAAUUCCUCGAGCUCUCAAAGAGCUUUUCUGUCAAGCCUCUUUGGAUAGCUCAUCUUAUAUCACAUUUUCAAUGAGCAUGUUAGAAGUUUACAUGGGCAGUCUCAGAGAUCUACUGUCCCCAAAACCAGCUUGUAGGCCACAUGAAGCUGUAACAAGAUGCAAUCUCAACAUUCAAACAGAUCCAAAGGGAUUAGUGGAAAUCGAGGGUCUUACGGAAGUGCAAAUCGUUGAUUUUGCUAAAGCUAGAUGGUGGUAUAAUAGGGGGAGGAGAGUUAGAUCUACUUCUUGGACUAAUGUAAAUGAGUCAUCUAGCCGGUCUCACUGCUUAACGAGGAUAACCAUAUUCCGGCACGGGGAUGCUUCGGAAGCUAAAAGGGAAGUAGGUAAACUGUGGAUGGUUGAUCUUGGAGGAAGUGAACGGUUGCUUAAAACAGGAGCAACUGGACUAACACUUGAUGAGGGAAGGGCCAUAAAUCUUUCUCUUUCAGCUUUGGGUGAUGUCAUUGCUGCUCUAAGACGGAAGCGAGGCCAUGUGCCUUACAGGAACAGCAAGCUUACGCAAAUCCUGAAAGAUUCCUUAGGUGCUGGUUCGAAGGUUUUGAUGCUGGUGCAUGUCAGCCCAUGUGAAGAAGAUGUUGGGGAGACGAUAUGUUCUUUGAGCUUCGCUAAGAGAGCUAGAGCUAUAGAGUGUAAUAGGGAAUUAUCAGAGGACUUGAAGAGUCACAGGGAGAAAAGGGUCAAGGAACUUGAAGAAGACAUGAGAGAAGCUGAAGAAGAAUGCCAUAAACUUAAAAACCAGAUACAAAAGGUCGAUUUGCUGUUACGUGAAAACAGAAAGCUCUUCUCAACCACUUAUGGACCUUUAGAAGAUGAGAAGGCCCCCAUUAGUCCCAAAGAAUAUCUGAAGGAAGCUGUAGAAAUGCCUCGAAAGCCGGAGAAAGCAAGUAAAGGCAAUGUUUCAAAUUCAUUGCCUCGGUUCAUGACUUCCACUGCAGCCAGUCGACAAAGGCAAAGUGCUGCAGAAAGAGAAGUUGUUGGUAAAGCAAGAAGUUUAAGGUCUGUGGCCAGAAGUUCAAUCCAAUUCACAGCCUCACAAUCCAUGAGUUACUCAGAUCCUCAAAUCAAAGCAAUCUUACAAAACUCAAACAGAAAAUCACGAUACGCCCAGGAAGCAGCAGAUACUCUCCCUGCAGAGAGCCCGAAAUGCAAUGUCUCGGAAUCAUCCAAGACGCGAAGCAAGUUGGUCACCUCAUCUGAUCCAAACUUGAGAGUUACACUUGGUCGUCAUAGAAGAAGGAUGUCUGAUCUAAUCUAACUGCCUGAGUUGUGAGGAAGAAUAAGAUGUGGUAUGGUAAGAAAUAAGAUGUGUGUGCGUGUUUUUGGGUUUAUACUUCAUAGUUAGAGUUUUGUUUUACAAGACAAGAGUGUUGUGUGAUUAUGUAUGUUACUACUAGGGUCAACUGGGGUCUGUUAAUUAUUUGUUUACACGAUCCCUUAUACAAUGAAUUUGGCCAGGCUUGCUGAUUUAUGUUCAAUUAAUUGUUAACAGAAUUUUGUAA